UCGUGUGUCUGUGCAAGUUGUUGUGUCUUUGCAAUGACCACGUGUUGGCCGGAAAUCGUCCAAAACCACCACAACUCUACUUGACCGGAGAGUUUCUGCAGUUCUUUUUAUAACAAUUCCAAGUGGGGAUUUCUUGUUGCUGUUUCCUUAAACCAGAGUGAAAGUUUGAAUUGGUGCAAGCAACACUGCAAAUGGAGCCCUUUUCUGACCAGUUCAUGGAAUUCCACCCGGUCCAUGGAACCAACGUCCAACUGGACUACUCAGGAACUCAGGCCACACGAGUAGAAAGCUUCGCCAACGGAGUUUGUUUCAGCAAACACCCCCUCAAGCCCGGAGAGAUCUUUCUCAUAGAGAUCGAGGAUAAAGAGCUGGGCUGGUGUGGCCACCUUCGGGUCGGUCUGACAGCCCAGGACCCCAGGAGCUUUGACGCAGUGCCUGAAUAUUCCAUUCCAGACUUGACAGACUUGGGGAACAGCUGGGUGUUUGCCAUCACUCGCAACCACAACAAGAUCAUAGAGGAUGCUGAGGUCGCAGAGGAAGGACUGCCUGGGGGUCAGAGGCUGGGGAGGGGAGAGGCAGAAGAAGAUGCAGCCCCCAACAUGAAACCAAAGACUUUCUUCACUGACACUCACCUGUACAUCGACAGCGUUCGAAUCCCCCGAGACAAGCUGGUCGGCCGGAGUCGACCCGGACGUUUCAGUCACAUCUUGGAUGACUUGUACAAGACCAACGCUCUGCCUCCCACAGCCAGACGCAGCAGGAUAGGAGUUCUGUAUGUGCCCAAAGGACAGGACCUGGCUGAUAUGCACAUUGUCAUCAAUGGUGAGGACAUGGGAGCUUCCGCAAAGGGAAUCCCCACCAUCGAGCCUCUCUUCGCUGUGGUGGACGUUUUUGCUGCUACCAAGUGUGUCCGAAUUGUCCAGGUGGAGUACGGGUGUAAGUGUCCCAACGAUAGCUUUGGUCAUGGAUGGAUUAUGAGGUAGUGAGAUCCUG